GCCCAUCACACCCCCACGGAAGAGCAGGGCAAUGGGAGGAAGACCAAGGAGGAGCAGGCCAAGGACGAGCGGGACAAGAAGGACCAAGCCAAGGAGGAUCAAACCAAAGAAACCAGAGAGGGCAUUUCGAUGGAGCCACAGCCCAAGCACGGCCUCCGGAAUCUGGAGCAGUGUGGUCAGGGGCAGAAGAACGUCCCUCUCAGCGCCAUGGUGAUCACAUGGAAACUGGGUUACAUGGUGGAGAAGUGCAUGAGCUCCAUGCAGAUGGGCACUCAGAUGAUGAAGCUUCGUGGCGGCUCCAAAGGCCUGGUGCGCUUCUACUUCCUGGACGACCACAAAUCCUGCAUCCGCUGGAGGCCAUCGCGCAAGAGUGAGAAGGCCAAGAUCUCCAUUGACUCUGUGCGGGAGGUGUGCGAGGGGAAGCAGUCGGAGAUCUUCCAGCGUUACUCGGAGGGCAGCUUUGACCCAAAUUGCUGCUUCAGCCUGUACCACGGAGAGCACAUGCAGAGCCUGGACCUGGUGUGUGGCUCUGCGGAGGACGCUCGUACCUGGAUCACCGGCCUCAAGUACUUGAUGGCCGGCAUCAGCGACGAGGACAGCCUGGCCAAGAGGCAGCGCACACGAGACCAGUGGCUGAAGCAAACCUUCACUGAGGCGGAUAAGAACGGAGACGGCAGCCUGAGCAUCAGCGAGGUCCUCCAGCUGCUGCACAAACUCAAUGUGAACCUGCCACGCCAGAAGGUCAAGCAGAUGUUCAAGGAGGCAGACACCGAUGAUAACCAGGGCACUUUGGACUUUGAGGAGUUUUGCUCCUUCUACAAGACGAUGUCCACGCGCAGAGACCUGUACCUACUCCUGCUCUCCUACAGCAACCACAAGGACCACCUGGACACGGGCGACCUGGCACGAUUCCUGGAGACGCAGCAGAAGAUGACCAAAGUGACCAAGGACCACUGUCUGGAGAUUAUCAACAAAUUUGAGCCGUGCUCGGAGAACCAGAAGCAGGAAGUCCUGGGAAUCGAUGGUUUCACCAACUACAUGCGCAGCCCAGCAGGAGACAUCUUCAACCCGGAGCAUUACAGCGUGACUCAGGACAUGAGGCAGCCACUGUGUAACUACUUCAUAGCCUCCUCACAUAACACCUACCUGAUGGGCGACCAGCUCAUGUCCCAGUCUCGGGUGGACAUGUACGCCUGGGUGCUGCAGGCGGGCUGCCGCUGUGUGGAGGUGGACUGUUGGGACGGGCAGGACGGGGAACCGAUCGUCCACCAUGGAUACACCCUCACCUCCAAAAUCUUGUUCAAAGACGUCAUAGAGACCAUCAACAAAUAUGCCUUUGUUAAGAACGAUUACCCAGUCAUCCUGUCCAUAGAGAACCACUGCACAGUCCCUCAACAGAAGAAGAUGGCGCAGUACCUGGUGGACAUCCUGGGGGACAAACUGGACCUGUCCAACAUUGGAGUAGACGAGCUGGGACGCCUGCCAUCUCCUGAGACGCUCCGAGGCAAGAUCCUGGUCAAGGGAAAGAAGCUCCCUCCAAACAUUGGCGAAGAUGCGGAUGAAGGUGAUGUGUCUGACGAGGACAGUGCGGAUGAGAUGGAAGACGACUGUAAACUUCUCAAUGGAGACACUUCAGCCAACAGGAAGCAGGUGGAGAACUUGGCCAAGAAGAAGCUCGACAACCUGAUGAAAGAGUCCAAGAUCCGGGACCGUGAAGACCCAGAUAGCUUCACCAUCACAGCUCUGUCCGACAAAACGGGCUCUAAGGGCAAACCUGAAGACUGCAUCGACACAGAUGAGACCAACCUCAGCAGCACCAAGCCCUCUGGACGCUCCUUCAUCGGCAGUUUCUCCAAACGCAAGAAGAAGACAAGGAAGAUGAAGAAGAUGUCAAGUGUAGAGGACACUGACACAGACCAGGAGAGCAUCAGUGCAUCACGGCCACCACCACACAACAAGAAGAAGAAGACCAUGAAGCUGUCCAGAGCUCUGUCUGACCUGGUCAAAUACACGCGCUCUGUGGGAUUGUACGACAUUGAUGCACAAGCAAACUGCAGCUGGCAGGUGUCCUCUCUGAGUGAGACCAAGGCUCAUCAGGUGAUGCAGCAGAAGCCGGCCGAGUUUAUCCGCUUCAACCAGAGACAGCUGUCCCGCAUCUAUCCCUCAUCCUACCGCAUCGACUCCUCCAACUUCAACCCACAGCCCUUCUGGAACGCAGGCUGCCAGCUCGUUGCCCUGAACUACCAGUCAGAGGGACGUGUUCUUCAACUCAACAGAGCCAAGUUCUACAGCAACGGCAACUGUGGCUACAUUCUCAAGCCUCAGUGCAUGUUUGAAGGUGCCUUCAACCCAAACCUGGAUGACCCUCUGCCUGGUCAGAUGAAGAAACAGUUGGUGCUCAAAGUCAUCAGUGGACAACAGCUGCCCAAGCCCAAGGACUCAAUGCUGGGGGACAGGGGAGAGAUCAUUGAUCCUUUUGUGGAGGUGGAAAUUAUUGGUGUACCCGUGGACUGUUGUAAAGAACAGACCAGAGUUGUCGAUGAUAAUGGCUUUAACCCCAUGUGGGAGGAGACCCUGGUGUUUGUGGUGCACAUGCCAGAUCUGGCCCUGGUGCGUUUCCUGGUGUGGGACCAUGAUCCCAUUGGACAGGACUUCAUCGGCCAGCGUACCAUCGCCUUCAACAGCAUGCUGCCAGGGUAUCGUCACGUGUACUUGGAGGGUAUGGAGGAGGCGUCCAUCUUUGUUCAUGUGGCAGUGCAUGACAUCACUGGUAAGGCCAAAGCAGCCACAGGCAUAAAAGGCCUGUUUCACAGAAACCCAAAGCAGUCUUCCCUGGACAGCACUGCUGCUGUGCAGCAGAGUCGUAAGCACCCGUUUGGGUCUCACCUGCUGCGGCGCACUGCCAGCGCACCCACCAAAGGCCAGUCUAAGACCAAGAAGGGCUUCCCAGACGUGGCCAUCGACACCAAAGACUACAGCUCAGAGGGAGCCAGUGAUGAACGGGAGUCUGCCUCUCAGCCCACACUACCACAGCACCGCAACGGAGAGUCACACACAGCUCCUCAGGCCAAGAGCACCUGGGACCAUCCUGGCACCAAUGGUGCCCUCCAUGCAAAUGAGAGCAAAGAUGGUUGCUUUGUCCUGACACCAGCUCAUCACCAUGCAUUCCUUCCCCAAGAGGCAGACAAAGGUGCUGACCGAUGCCUGCCCCUCUCUGCCCCCCUCGAAGAAGACAGCAUGUCCUCUCACUGCUCCAGACUCUUUGCAGUUCAUGUCAGACCUCUGCCCUCUCUCAGUGGUGCUUCUCACAGUACUAGAGCUGUGCCAGGGCUCUCCUGUGUGUCUCCUGAGAACCACAUGGACACCAGACAGCUCAGUCAACUCACACAUUACAACAGCAGCACUCCUAAGCCCGCAGAGUAUGACACAGCCCACAAGCAGCUUCAGCCAAGUCCACUUGAAAAAACGGUCCCCAAACUGCAGAGGAACCAGAGAUCUGAGUCUCUGAACCCCAACAGAACCAAAGCCCUCCUCACAGUUUCCCCAACAGACCCCCACACAGCCCCUAUUCUUCAGCCCCAGACAGCCCUGUGCCAUAGUGCACCCCCCAGGACCCCUGUGAGAAGGACCAAAAGCGAAGGCCAUGUGCAGACAGCAGGAGCUCCAGGUGGGGCAGUGUCCGUGGUACCUCAGGUCUGCACUGACGCUACUCUGUGUGACCGCCUCUGGAGCAAACUGGAUCCACCCAACAGGGACAGCAUGUCCUCGUCUUCCAGCGUGUCCUCCAGUGACACAGUCAUCGACCUGUCCAUGCCAAACCUGUCCCGUCAGACCCUCCCCUGGGCAGGCCACCCCCACACCCCCCUGAUUUCAUGUUCCUCUGUCACCAAGAGCAAAUCCAACCCCAACCUACCGCACAGCCUUGCCCCCUUGCUCCCCUGUCCCCAUGCACACGUCACUACAUCCAACCCUAACCUCCAGCAGAACCCAGUCCUCAUUCAGCCCCUGGAGUCUGGCCCUCUGCAGAGCUCUGCAGACCCUCCCAGCAGGCUGUCCCAGCGCCGCCACACAUGGAGCCGGCUCUUCAUGGAGGGGCUCCUGCAGGCAGGUGGGGCCCCAGCCACAGCCUCUAUGUCCAAGAGCCUGGGGGACCUGACCUCUGAUGAUAUCUCCCCGCGCUUCGACAGUAAGUACCGCACCAUCAGCAGGAGCUUCAUCCACCGGCCUUCUCGAGAUGCUCUGAGACUGAGCCUCACUAGUCCCCACGCUGACCCUCUCACGGCACAGCUGCGCAAGCUCACAGAUGUGGAGCCCCUCUCCCCCGCAGACUUACGAGAAUCCCAGGAGUGCAGUGUAGACGAUGCGCUGGUGCGUCGGACGUCUUCCCGGAGCCAGAGCCGUGUGCGUUACAUCGCCAACAGAGCCAAGAAAGCCCAAGAGAGGCAGCGGCUGCAGAGGCUGUGCCAGGGCAAUGUGGGCACCCCUAUAGAGGAGCGCGGGAACCCGGAGGGAGCCUGCUGUGUGACCCAGAGCCCCUGCUCCAGCCUGGACCUCUUGAGCCAGCUGGCUCCACUGGAAGCCCUCACUCCCAGAGGCCCCCAGCCCCCCACGGAUGCUGACACUGGGUUGUCUUACAUGAUUGAACUCUAAUCACUCUUUCAAAAUCCCGGCUUCUAAAAUCUACAACUUUCAAAGUCCUGCUCAAACUGUAUGCUCCAAACACAUGAGUCACUAAUUGAACCAUUCUGUCUCCUGUGUACACAUUAGAGAAUAAAAAUAAAAUAAAAAAUUCAUAAGUAAAGAUGCAAAUAAUGAACAAAUACUAUACUGUUGUUCCAGCCUUGAUGUUUGUGUUUUUUGUUUUAAGGCCCACUUAUUACACUGGCUCUCAUAUUCAGAUUAUGGAACUAUUCUCCAUAAAAGAAAUGUAAAGGAGUGAAAGGAGCGUAAUGUGGACUGUCUACUGAAUAAAAGCAGCUCUGUACUGUUAGAAACCAGAAUGUACUGUUUUUAUAUGUGAAAUGAUGCCCUCAUGUUUGUGCCACUAAACAUGAGUGAUGGUAGCAGUAGGACAAGAGAGGGUCUGUUCCGUGUUUUUAUUAUUUUAUAUUUAAUCCUUUUUAGAUUUUAAUAUGAUUUUAAACCCUUCACUGCCCGUCCAUCAGCAAUACUUCCAGAAGGCCUGGUUCUGCUAAAGCUAGUGUACAGUGAGGAUGGGCUCCUGUCUGCGCUGUUAGCUGUUAGUCUGCUGCAUGUCUCUGCACUGUCAUGUUGAUCCCAGGGCUAAAGAUUUUUAUAAGAUGUCUUAAUAUUGAAACUGUUUUUAGACUAACAUAUGUCUGUCCCUGUUCUGAUGUGAUGAAACCUGGCAUUCAUCCCACUCAAAAGCAUGUUAAUUUGUCGAUCUGCUGUAUCUUUUGCACUGCGAUGCCAGUGGUUUGUGCAAUUU